AGAGGAAGGAGAACGGUCUUCUCUUUCUCUGUAUCUAACAGUGUUUGUUUAAGUGUGUGUAGGGACAGAACGUCACUCAGUUCUUUGAAUUGGAAAAGUGGUAAAAUUUCAUUGAAGAAGGAAAGACACAUUUUUAAGGGGAUAUAUCGAGAAGGCCAGCGUAAGCACCAGCCAGAAUUAGAUAGAUUUUCAACCAGUUGGAGCUACAAUGACUUCCCACGUCAAACUGUGGAGGGACAGAGUGGGAACGGCAGACUAUGACAUACAAAUCAAAGAGGUGCGGUUGCAGUUGUCUGAACAGUUGAGGAUAUUUGAUGGUCAGAUGGAGCAAAAGAGUCAAGUGUUGCAGGAUCUGAUUGAUUACUUGCGCAGACGAGGCGAGAUCGAGGGGGAGUACGCACGCUCACUGGACAAACUCUCUGAGAGAUUCUCCUCUAGAACCAGGAAGAAGGAGCCUAGCCAUCAGUCAGUGUUUAACUGCUGGCAGGUGUUAUUGACACAGACGCGUCAGGAGAGCCGAGACCACAGCAUGCUGAGUGACAGCUACAGCAACACUCUGCCUCAGCAGCUUUCACAUUGCUUGGAGCAUGCCCAACACCUGGCCAAACGGAGCAGAGACAUUUGCACCCAAUUACAGGACGGACUUUUGAAGGUCACCACAGAACUUCAGACAACCUUGAAGACGUAUUACCAGUACUACACUGAGUUCCUAUCUGCAGAAGGCAAACUAAAAGAUGCAGCCAAACUUGAGGAAAAACAGAAGCAAAGUGCUUCCAAAAAGAUGGAGAGACUAAUAGAGAAAAGACAAUGCAAAGUUCAAGAAAUUCAGCAGAAGUGCACAAAAUCGCGCAAUGACUACCUGCUCAACCUGGCUGCAGCGAAUGCAUGCAUGAACAAAUACUACCUCCAUGAUCUCUCCACUCUUAUAGACUGCAGUGAUCUGGGUUACCACCAGUCCAUAUCAAAGGUGUUACGUUUUUACCUGGCCAGUCAUCAGCUGGUCCAGCAGAGUUUGAGCUCUGGGCUGCAGCAGCUGGAUACGACUGUCUCAGAACUGAAGCAGAAUCAGGACAGAGACACUCUUAUGCAGGCCAACAUCUCUGCCUUUUGCCUGCCCCUACGUUUUCAGUACCAACCCUAUGAAGGCGACCAGGUGUGUGAGGUGUCUGCCAAGGGUGAGAUGAGAAGUGAGUUGUUGACUCGCUUUCAGCAGCUGCAAUCCAGGCUGUCUUUAAUAACCGCAGAGGUUGAAGAGUCUGACAAAAUACUUCAAUCAGCUCAGUCAUCCAUGCUGGAUGGUAUUCUCGAGGAUACCUUUAGAUCCACCCCUGACUUCAACAUUAGCCCAUCUCAGGAAGGGAGCAGUGACAUAUCAAGCAGUAGGACCAGUCAGCCUAAGAGUAGAGCCAGCCUUCCUGACACUGAGAGUUUGUACUUUAUGAAAGUCAGGGACCACCUGUGUAACAGCUCUUUAAUAUCAAAGCUGGAGGCCAAACAUGACCUGCUUAAAGUUGCCAUUCAGAAAGCUGAAAGCGUUGAUGAUUACUCCAGAACACGCUCCAAAAGAUCUGUGCGUCACAGAAAGGGUCAGCCCUGUGGUCAGAUCAGCCAGAAGCUCUUCAAUGGGGAUCUACUUUCAUACAUUCAAGCAUCAGGACAGCUCAUUCCUGUGGUGGUGGAGAGCUGCAUUCGAUUCAUUAACCUCAAUGGUUUACAUCAUGAGGGAUUGUUUAGAGUGCCAGGCUCUCAAAUGGUGGUGAAUCAGCUGAAGGAUGAGUUUGAGAAAGGAGAUGACCCUCUCGCAGAUGGGGGGUGUGACAUGGACUCUGUGGCGGGAGUGCUGAAGCUUUAUUUUCGAGUUCUAGAGAAACCCCUCUUUCCUGAGGACAAUUACGACCAACUAAUGGAAUGUGGGCAAACGGAUGAUGAGUCAAAAAAAGUUGCACUGUUGAAGUCUAUCAUCUCCUCAUUCCCAGCCCCGCUAAUCAUUGUCAUGAGAUAUCUUUUUGCAUUUCUUCACCAUAUCUCCCAGUACAGUGAUGAGAACAUGAUGCAGCCCUAUAACCUGGCAGUAUGCUUUGGGCCCAGUUUGGUGAGGGGGCCAGACAAUGGAGAUGCGGCAGCACUUCAGCAGAUCAACGCCCUGGUCAAGAGUAUUAUCAUCCAACAUGAGAGCAUCUUUCCCAGCCAGAAUGAAUUACCCGGGCCUGUGUAUGAAAAGUGCAUGACACUGGAAGAAGAUGACUGUGAGGCUGGUGCAGAGGAAGUAGAGGGAGAUUCAGACCAAUCUCAAAUUAAAGAGGCAAAAGAUGAGCUGCAGGGAGUGGCUUUGUUUGACUACACAGGCCGUUCCUCAACUGAGCUGUCAUUUAAACAUGGAGACCGUCUCAUUCUACACAACAGAGCUUCCUCUGACUGGUGGAAAGGGGAGGUGAAUGGGACAAAGGGUCUUAUCCCAAAUAAAUAUAUUAGUGUAUCAAGUGUGGAUGGAGGGCAAGAUCAGAAAGGGAAGGGUUCUUUAAAAUCCAACUGUGGUAGACACCAGGCCGAAGAAAAGCCAAGGGUAGAGCAAACCACUCGGCUCAAGGUCACUAGUGAGAAAGCUGGGGUUGUUGCCAGUCAUGUCACUUCUGGAAAGGUUUUGUUACAGAUACCCGCAGGACAAUAUAUGCGGCCAGGAAAUUCUCCAGGGGCUCUGCGAAAAACAGUAGACCCUCAAAAGAGACGACCCACACUAGAGGGAGGCAGUGGAGAAGAUUCUUCAACAGAUGUGGAUAAGGAAGUGUGUCAUAUGAUGCACUCAGUGUUUAAGGAGCUCCUUUCCAAACAAUCUUCCAAGGAUCAAAACAUAUCUACAUCCUCAGAGAUCACCUCUUCAUUCCCUGUGCAAACACUUCAAAACAAAGUAGGACUGGGAUGGAAAGGAAAAGUUUUAUUUAGAUCAGCCGACCAAGCGGACUGAUAAAAAACAAAAAUGAGAGGACAUUUUGAGUUACUAAAGUGGGAAAUCUGAGUUACUAAAGUGAAACAUUAGUGUCAAAGAUGUCUGAGCUAUGAUAUUUUGUAAUUCACUGAGUUUAAAGAUGUGCUUCCAACAACAAGAUGUGAAUUAUCUAUGCUGGUUGUGGAUAACUCAAAUUUCUUUAAGGGAUAGUUCACCCAAAAAAGAAAAUGCUCUCAUGAUAUACUCCCAGAUGUGUAGGACUUUCUUUCUUCUGUAUAACACAAAUAAAGAUUUUUAGAAGAAUGUUUUAGCUCUGUAGGUCCACACAAUGCAAGUGAAUGAGUGCCAACAUUUUGAAGCUCCAAAAAAGGAGCAUAAAAGUAAUCCAUACAACUCCAGUGGUUAAAUCUAUAUCUUCAGUUGUGAUAUGAUAUGUGUGAGUGAGAACAAUAUCAAUAUUAAGAAUGUGAAUCACCAUACAUAGAAAAAAGAUAAAGUGAAAGGACUUAAAUAUGAAUCUGUUUCUCACCCACACCAAUCAUAUUGUUUUAGAAGAUUUGGAUUUAACCACUGGAGUCAUCUGGAUUACUUUUAUGUUGCCCGUAUGUCAUUUUUGGCGGUCACCAUUCACUUGCAUUGUAUGGACCUACAGAGCUGAGAUACUCUUUAAAAAUCUUUGAUUGUGUUCAGCAGAUGAAAGAAAGUCAUUCACAUCUGGGAUGGCAUUAGGGUGAGUAAAUGAUGACAGAAUUGAAUGUUUUGGGUGAACUAUCCCUUUAAAGUCUGUUUAGCAUAUGUUUUCUAUAUUUUCUUGUAUAUUAUUUCUCAAUUCUGCCUUCAGAAUUCAUAGCUCUCCCCCUAAAACCUCUGACACAGUUCAAAUACUGAAGUCCUCCUGUUUCUCCUGUUGAAGUUUCAUGUUCCAUUGUAUCCAGAAAAAAAUUAGAAGUAUAUUUCAUUUUCUUAUUUGUUUUUAUUUAAGUAACAAUAUCUUAUUUAAAUGGAAUCACUGAAUGAUUUAAAAUGAAUGGUGAUCAUUGCAACGUAUUUCUUAAUGGCACUGCCUGUUGUCAAUUGGAACAUUUUUGAAUAAACAUUAAUAGAGUGAC